CUAUUUUAAAGCUAAUGCCAUGUCUAUAGCUUGGACAGUCGUUGUGACUCAACUGUCUAAUCUAAAUGUCAUUUCAAUCAGAAAACCAGCCAUCAGCUGUCAAAUGGUAAAAGAGUUAUGUGUAUUUUCAAAGCCAGAAGUGCAACCAUGUGGUGGGACUGCAGGUUUUUACUGUUGUCCACAGUUCUGAGUCCCAGGACUGGUUUCCUUACUCGGUAUUCUCACAUGGAAAAUGUCAUCGGGGAAUUAUAGGGUAAUAUUUUCAAGACUAGGAACUUGUCCACAGUUACCUUUCUAAAAAACAAAAACAAAAAAAGACCUUUAAAAGCAUUUAAAAAAAAAAUUAUGCCAGGGUAGCCAAAUAGAAACAACUUUGGGGUUUUUGCACUGAGUCAAGUCUUACAAAUUGUGGAACAUUCCCCUUGGUCCAGGACAUCAUUUUACUCCCACACACCACUUCCUAUAUCCACAAAUUCCAGUAUGUUUGGACCCUGCUGGUGGCUCAGGGAAUCACAAAAAGAAACAGGAAGGCACCAGCAAGCAGAACAAGAAAGCUAGACAUGGUGCCAUUAGGCUUGUGGCUUAGUCCCUGCCCCACCUCUCCUCCAGCCUCUCCAGCUGUACAGGGCAGAGAGGGUCACAGGUGGCACUCUCCUGGUGCUCUUGCCAGGCCUACAUCACAGCCCCCAUGGCCAGGACCCACACGCUCCCGGGAACCCAGCACCAUCCGGGAGGAAGAUGAUGCCCAGCCCUUUCAAAGGAAAUUAAAAGGCUGGCACAUUUUGGAAGUCAGCAGAAGGGAAAUGUCUCCCAGUUAUUUAGCCCUGGAAGGCUGAGAAUCAAGUGGUUUUUUUUCUGAACCGACAUUUGGGGCACACUAUCUGACAGCAUGAUCACAUAUGAACUUGAGACAGUCCCAGGAAAUUCGGGGUGUGUAGCCAUGAUUGCUGCAGGAUCCAAAAGUAUGAACAAAGGCCUGAGUGUGCUCCUUUGAUGGUGGUGCCCUCCAGAGAGGAGUGUGGGGACAUCCUGGGUGCAGCAGCAUCGAGGGUGGCAGUACCAGGGGCUGUCCUGAUGACAGCAGAGACCCAAGCCCAGGGCUCAUCUGUGAGUGCUCUACCUUUUCUCAGCUGCUGAACUCCAGCCUCAAGAUGGGCGACCCUGGGGCUCAAGACUGUCUCUCCCUUCCCCCUUCACCUUCCUCUGGAGUCAGGAGUGCCUGGAAUCUAGGCAUGACUACCCCUGGCUUAUCUCCUCUUUACCUGUGUCCUGGGAACACCCAAAACGAGCUGGGGGAGACAAUCAUUUCUGCAGACACGGGGUUACCCCCAUGUGAAUGAAGCAAGCAGCAAAUCGAUCUUAUCACAUGCCUCUGACCGGUUAGGGAGGCGAGUCAAGAAGGUGCAGUGAGGAAGUGUAAUGUCACAUGCAACAUUUACAGGAAACUGGCUAGAAGACAGCAGGGGAACUCAAGAACUUGGUUGUUUUCAGCGGAUUAAAACAACACAGAUUUAUCAGCAAGACUGUUGAACGCAUAACUGCCCAAGAUGCCCGUCCCUCCCCCUCCAGCACCCCCACCGCCCCCAACAUUUGCACUGGCCAAUACAGAGAAGCCUACCUUGAAUAAGACAGAGCAGGCUGGGAGAAAUGCUCUCCUUUCUGAUAUCAGCAAAGGGAAGAAACUAAAGAAGACAGUCACCAAUGACAGAAGUGCACCAAUAUUGGACAAACCUAAAGGAGCUGGAGCUGGAGGUGGUGGUGGCGGUAGCGGCUUUGGUGGAGGCGGCGGAUUUGGCGGCGGAGGUGGUGGUGGAGGCAGUGGAAGUUUUGGAGGGGGUGGACCUCCAGGUCUGGGAGGACUGUUCCAGGCUGGAAUGCCGAAGCUGAGAUCCACGGCCAACAGGGAUAAUGAUUCUGGAGGAAGCCGACCACCAGUUGUGCCACCAGGAGGAAGAUCCACAUCUGCCAAACCUUUUUCGCCCCCAAGUGGCCCAGGGAGGUUUCCAGUGCCUUCUUCAGGCCACAGAAGUGGUCCGCCAGAGCCUCAGAGGAACCGAAUGCCGCCCCCGAGGCCUGACGUGGGCUCAAAACCCGAUAGCAUUCCCCCUCCAGUACCUAGUACUCCAAGGCCCAUUCAGUCAAGUCUGUACAGCCGGGGGUCCCCACUAGUGCCCGGAGGCCCCAGGCAGCCCAGCCCCGGGCCCACUCCUCCUCCUUUCCCUGGAAACCGUGGCGCUGCUUUGGGAGGAGGCUCAAUGCGUCAGUCCUCCUCGAGCUCCUCCUCUCCCUUCUCCAACCGGCCUCCCCUGCCGCCUACCCCCAGCAGGGCCUUGGAUGACAAACCCCCUCCGCCACCUCCUCCAGUGGGGAACAGGCCCUCCAUCCACAGGGAAGCGGUUCCCCCUCCUCCCCCUCAGAACAAUAAGCCUCCAGUGCCUUCCACUCCGCGGCCUUCCUCCUCCUCACAGGCCCCACCUCCACCGCCACCUCCCAGCAGGCCUGGGCCUCCUCCCCUGCCUCCAAGUUCCAGCAGCAGUGACGAAAUCCCAAGACUCCCACAGCGAAAUCUGUCCCUCACUUCAUCCACACCCCCCUUACCUUCGCCAGGACGUUCAGGUCCUCUUCCUCCCCCACCCAACGAGAGACCCCCACCUCCAGUGAGGGACCCACCAGGCCGAUCAGGCCCCCUCCCACCACCUCCUCCAAUAAACAGAAACGGCAGCACGUCUCGGGCCCUGCCUGCCACCCCUCAGUUGCCGUCCAGGAGUGGAGUAGAUAGUCCCAGAAGUGGACCCAGGCCUCCCCUUCCUCCUGACAGGCCCAGUGCUGGGGUACCUCCCCCACCUCCACCAGCAACAUCUAUUAGAAAUGGCUACCAAGACUCUCCAUGUGAAGAUGAGUGGGAAAGCAGAUUCUACUUCCAUCCAAUUUCCGAUUUGCCACCUCCAGAGCCAUAUGUACCAAUGACCAAAAGUUAUCCCAGUAAAUUGGCAAGAAAUGAAAGCCGGAGUGGAUCCAACCGAAGAGAAAGGGGUGCUCCACCACUCCCUCCCACCCCGAGGUGAUCUUUGCCUGCUCUUCUCCACCCGAGCUCAAGAGCUGCUUCUCUUGCUAUCGAAGAACUGCACACCCUCCUCCACGCUUCUUUCCUUGUGUCCCUCGUAUGGGCAGGAAGAAAGGUGGGAGGGUGGUGGGAAUAUGCGUGUGUGGGGUGGGAAUCGGUAAGAAAUGCACCUAGCUUUUCAUAUUGUGUUUAUUCUCCAGGCUAUUGCUUGCUUCAGCUGCACCCAGCCUGUGCUGGUUGCCUGGGUCGAUUGGCUUUUGUGGAAAUAGGCAGAGAUGAAUUGCAUCUCUGCUUUCGACCAACCAAAUUCAGACAUUCACUGCUUAUUUGCUACAGACUGUAAUUAUUAAAGUCCCUGAGAGCUGUUUUCUCCUUUCCUUUUUCACAUGCUUGGCCUCCUAUGUCCAUGAACCACAAACCACCUAAGCAAGUUGCUGAGUAAGAGCUCACAGGAAACUUUUGCAGUCACAGGAUGUCCAAGCUUUGGUAGUCUGAGCUCGGCUCUAGGACAGAGCUAUCCAAUAGAAAUAUAAUGUGAGCCCCAUAUGCAAUUUUUAUAUUUCUAGUAUAUUUUAAACAAGUGAAGUUAAUAUUUUAUUUAACCCUAGACAUCCAAAAUAUUUCAACCUGUAAUCAACAUAAAAAUUUUAAUGAGAUAUUUUAUAUUCUUUUUUGGUACUAAAUCUUCAAAAUCCAGAGUAUAUUUUACACUUACAGCCCAUCUCCAUUCGGACUAGUCACGUUUUUAAGUGCUCAGUAGCCGCAUGUGGCUGGUGGCUACUGUAUUAGACAGCAUGAGUCUGGAAGAUGGAAGCUAGUGCAGAAACCUCUUGUUUCAAAAGCAAAAAAAGGCAAGAUGGACUUGAGUGAUUCAAGAGGCAACUAAAAAUAAAAUUAGGACCCAGCACCUUGUUUGACACACAGUUCAACCUUAGAUUUUGCUCCUUUAUUUUCUCUCUUCCCUUAAUAUGUGUAUACAAGUGUUGCUUCACGGUACCAAGGUCAAAACUGAUGGAGUACAGUUUACUAAGGUCAUGUGGAAUAAAGCCAUUGGAAAGAAACAGAAAGUCUGUCAGGGCUCCCAGGCUCAGAACCAGCUGGCUCACACGCUCACUUGUCAGUUGGACUUGUGCCUUGUGAAUUGGAAGCAGCUUUUGUUCCUCUCCAGCUGAGCAAGCUCCUGAGGCUAGAAGAGACUAGGAAGGUUUGGUAGGAGGGGAAGAAAGUCAGGGAAAGGUAUCAAAUCAGAAACAUGGAAGAAGGGAACAGAUUUGAGUUGGUGGGCAAAACUAAAAAUCUAGAUCUGAUGCUUAUGUAAGGUUGAGCAAAUUAGGGAGAUUGCUAGUGGAACUCCUGGUAGAAAUUGGAGGGAAUCUGUUUUGCAUCAUUUGUCUAGGAUCUAUGCAAGUACAUCUCCGCUGAAGGACCAUAGGGAAGGGCCAGCCUUGCCUUUUUUUAUAUGAUUUUGUUUACACUUUUUCUGAGAUUUUAAAUCUAGCUAUAGAGUUGGGAAAAAAAGUAUUUCCACAUAGAUAUUUUAUAUAGUUAUGUUUAAAAUUACCAUUACUUGUUUUUUAAAAACACAUGACCACGUAUGUAUAUGUAUAUCUACCCAAACAUUGUAUCAUGGUUUCAGUGUGGUGUUCAUGUAUUACUGGGAGAUGCUAACAAGAAACCAACCCAAAGAGAAUCCUGAAAGAUGCAUUUCUAUUUAUAAAAUAAAUGUUUCAUUUAUAUAAAAGAAAAAGAACUUAAGAGUUCUAAUAAAUGGGAUGUCUAAUAAAUUAUGAAGUUACUGAUUUGAAUAUAUUAUAUUUUUAUAACUUCCUUGCCAAAGUCCUAGGUUUAGUACAUUAGAGAAUGUGUUUCCUCUCUCCUUUACCACUCAUCCGUCUUCCAUACAGUCAUUUGGGCUUUUUACUCAAAGAGAAUCAAGAAAUAGUAAGGUGUAACAAGCUUGACCCAGUGUUCGCUUAAAAAAGAAAAUUAAUCUCUAGCAUUUUGGUAAUUUAGCAGCAUCAUUUAUCUGGGAUUCUUUGAUCUGAUUUCGACAGUGAAAAACAUUCUUAUGAUAAAGCCAAAUGACCCACUUCACAAAAGAUGGAGUUUGUUUGCCCUUCCUAGAAAAUAUGGCAAAGAAAAGUCUGACCCAAAGAAAGUGGGUCUGAAUUUUAUAAGGGGUAGUAAGAAUUGGACAAUUCCUUUAUCUAUCCCAACUUUGCUGGUACUAUUCUAAAUUUGAAACAGAGUCAGAGCCCAAAGUUGCCAUUCACCUGGAAUAGAGAUGUUUUAGUCUGUAUUUUUUAAGUGAAUGUUUCUUUAAUACACCUACACCCUUUCUUUUAAAGUUUGCAACCUAAUUGCAUCUAAAACUUUGAAUAAAUUCUGUGGUAAAAUCUUAAACUAUUGAAAAUCACAAAAAUGAAUAUUUUCUUCCCUGAAAUCAGAGCUUACAUGUGUUUUUUUUCCAUAAAAUUUCCAGAUAAAUGUAUUCAAUAUGUAAUACGGUAUUUUAACAUUCACCUAUUAUUUUAUAUUGAAAUGUAUUACAGUAUUAAAACUCAGUGUUCAGUAUUUAUUUCACUAUGCAUUUUAUUUAGGAAAAAGCCAAGAAAAAUGUUUAAUAAUCCAAUGGUGCCUUACUUUGUGAUUAAAAGAAAUCAACUUUUUUUAUGUCUAAGUAGCAGAUUGUUUGCGUAUUUGUAAAAACUGUUAGGUCUUUUUAUUUUAAAUUGUAAUACCAGUUUUGUUUAUUUUAGUAGCAGAAAUGGGAUGAUUGUUGUUCCCAAAAAAAAUGUUGGCAUGAAAUUAAUUUUUCCCUCCUUAUAGUCAAGAACUAUAGAGGAAGAAAAAAAAUGUUUUCAUACCAUGCACUAUGUAAACAGACACAUUAUGGUAUCUGUGUCAUCAGGAUAAUGUAAAUGGUAGCGUGGAGACUACCCUAGACAGCUGCAUCUUUGUACGUUAGCCAGACAAUAAAUAAAAGCAGAAUGA